UCCUACACUGUUACUGCCAAUUAGAUUCAAAAUCCGACCGGCUCAAACUCGUUGACGCCUCCACCGACGAAUUUUCCAUGGAAUUUGCUGCUUGGCCGUCCUGUGUUUCAAUUGACUGUGUUGUAAUGAAUAAUGGUACAUAUUAUUCGAAGUGAAGAAAUAGAUGUUUGAAAAGCGAAACAGUGUUCAUUUUUAUCCAAUCACAGAGCUCGAUGAAAAGCACCAGCUGAAGUGCGGGCCUGUCCUGAUGCAUUAAUCACUAGCAGACACAAAAUCUAGGUAGUGGCGAAGUUAAUUGGAUGCUGUUGAGUAAAUAAGAUCGCCAUUCCCUGACAAACAUGGGCAUAGAGAAAUUGCAUCUUGAGGAUGCGUUGGAAGACAGUCCGCAGACCCGUAGUUUGUUAUCGGUGUUUGAGAAGGAUGCUAUUGCCCUGAAGAAGUACACAGUGGGUCUUCACAACUGCUGUCAAAGAAUCAUGAAAGCACAGAAUGAAUUGUGUGCAGCUACCCAGUCCCUGUCACAACAUCUGAGAGACUUUGAAAUACAGAAAUUUCCAUUAGAAUCGGAUGACAGUGUGUUGAGUUCUACCCUGAAACAGUUUUCUAGUUAUCUAGAUGAUGUGAGCUCAAUACAGCAGGUGCUUUCUGCUCAGUUCUCAGAAACCAUGAUGUAUCCUCUGUCUAGGUUUUUACAGGCAGAUUUAGAAGAGAUUACAACUCUUUGUGAGAUGUUCCAGAUUGCAAGUAAUGAACAUGACAGUGCAAUGAGCCGGUAUAUGAGGUUGCAUAAAAGGAAGGACAGUGAGAGACAGAAAUCAGAAUAUAAUGAAGAACUCUAUCUCAUGAGGAAAAAAUUUCACCAGACAUCCCUGCACUACUACUCCAGCCUGAAUGCAUUGCAGUACAAGAGAAAGUGUUCUCUGCUCGAGCCCGUUAUGGGGUACCUCCAUGCCCAGAGAGCCUUCUUCCAGAUGGGCCAAGAUGCUGUUGGCAAGAAAGAAAUUGAAGACUUUCUGAACAACAUCUCUACUAGUGUUCAGGGAGUUCAGCAGGAUUUGCAGACAGAAACAAAGAAAACGGUAGAACAUAUCGACACACUGGAAAAACAGAGCGCUCACAUGUACCAUGCUGAGCCAAUGGUAGACAUGCCUUACAUCCCCCCCAACACCAGUCUGACACAGAAAGCCGGCUACCUCUAUCUGAGGAGAGGAAAACAUUUACAUAUGCCUGGCCCAAUAGGCAAGCAGCUGAUAGCCACGAAAUGGGAGCGCUGUUUCUUUUUCACUGUGGGAGGGAACUUGAUGAGCCAGUCUCGGGAUGAGGUCGUUGCAACUAACACAAGAUUAGCAGGUAGCUUGGUUUUGGAUUUGAAUGAACCCGGUGUGCUUGCAGAACCUCAUGAAUCAGAUGAUAGAAGAUUUGUUUUCCAAGUCAUAUCCCCCAAAAGUAAAAGAAAUACUGUUUUGCAAGCUGAGAAUGAAAGAGAUAAAGAUGAGUGGAUUUGUACACUGAACAACAUUGUGAGAGAAAGUGGAUAUAUAAAGGGCAAAAGUCCUCAAGUUAAGGAGAGAACUUCUAGCUCCAGUAGUCUGACAAAACAAGGUUCCGGCUCAAUCAGCCCUGACCAGGCCAGCCUUAGCAGCAUGUCCAGUUCUGGGGCGGUCCCUAGAACCCCGGCCCCCACUCCCUCCAGCUCAUUUGUUGCUGAAGCACCUAUUCAGUUUGAUCUGUUGUCACAAUCGAGUCCGAGUAGCGGAGUCACGUCCAGUCUGCCAGGGCCGCCAAAGAGGAUCAACCCUUUUGACCAGUCAGCCAAUGAGGUGUUAGAUACUCUAGAUUCUGCCAUUGACACGGCUACAUAUGUGGAGAGUUUUGUUGUGAGAUUUCUGGGGUCAAUGGAGGUCACCACUGACAGAGGAGAUAAGUUGGUGCAUGAAACAAUGAGGCAAAUCAUGGCAGCUCGAGCAAUUCACAAUGUGUUUAAGAUGACGGAAUCCAGACUGGUCGUGUCUAGUGAGUGCAUGAGAUUGAUAGACCCUUCAACCAACACUGUAAGGACGCAGUUUGCUUUGGCGGACAUUUCGUUUUGGGCAGCUCAUCCAGAAAACACAAGAUUGUUUGCGUUUAUUACGCGGACCAAGCCCCCUGGAGCCAACCAGUCAACCUUCUCUUGUCAUGUGUUUGAAUGUAACAUUUCUGCUGAGGAGAUUUGCCAGGCCAUUGGAACUGCGACAAAGCUUGCCUUUCAAGCACUAAUGCAACGUAAGUUACCACCAGGUGUAGGGAAGGAAAAGAAAGCACAUGAAAAAGUUCAGCAGGUCAAGACAAGGGAAAAAAACCUACUCAUGCAGAACAUCCAACAGCUUGAGGACGCUCCGGAGGGAGAGGAAGGAAAUCUUCACAAUCUUCCUCUGUCCCCUGAUGGUAAAUACCUAGUGCUUACUGCUACUGAUGAAUUAGAUGACCUCAUUGAGUCAGGUGACCUGGCUCAGCCAAUGGAAAAGCUUACUGUUGAAUCUAUGCAGCUACCAAUCAGUGGUGACUUGGACAAUGUUGAUGUUGAACCUGAAUCUGAAGCUUAACGAUAAGGUUUACGCAAUAGGUACUGUUUGUAUUGGAGCAUUUCAUGGUUUACUGUAGAAUUGUUAUAUUUUAAGGUGGUUCAUUCCUCACAUUUUUGUAUUCGCUGUAAUUACAUAUCACAUUUGGGUCUAAUUAUUAAUUAACCAACAAUGCAUUUUGAAUAUAGGAUAGGAAGUCUUAGUCAUUGAAUGAAAAUGUGUUAAAAAUUUAUUUCCGUAGCAAAAUAAAUAAAACGUAGCAAAAUAAAUAAAACGUACCACUUAUGGCUGUGUGAUUCUACAGUAUUUCAGUCUUUGAAACUUGUUGCAAUGUUUAACAAGUCUAAAUUCAUUAAUGAACAUGGUGUUUGUGUGGGAUGGUUUGUGAUAUUGCUGGGUGUGUAUUUCCUACUGUAAACAGUCCCUAGCUUUUAUCUGUUUUAUAGAUAUAGUUAAAAACGUGGGGGAGUCCGGGGGCUAAUGGGAUGACGGCGUGCUUAGUAGGAUGUCUCACCAGUAUAUGAUGUUUUGAUGUUAAUAUAUUGAUUUUUUUUUUUCCUUCUAAUUUAUUGAUAGAUGAAGAUUAUAGAUUUUCUAGCUUACAGUUAAUGAAUUUUAAAUUGACUUGUACAUUGCAAGGCUUUGCUGUUUUGUGAGAAGGUUUGGGAGCUUGUGCAUUUAUUGAUUUGUAUACAAGUACAUUUUAAAUUUUUAAAGUACUGUUUGUUUGCUGUCCCUAAACUAUUAAGCGCAUUUAUAUCCUGGUUUUAAGAAUCUUCAUUUAUUUUAUCAUUUUCCUAAACGAAGCAUUGAGUGUAUCAUAAAAGAAAUAUUUGAGGUUGUAAAUCUCGUUUAUUUGAGUGCCAUGUGAAAUGAAGAUUGGUACAUGUAUGUCUUGCCACAAAACAGACCAUGUGAUCAUUUACUAUUAAUGUAUUCUACAUUGUUUUAACACCUGCCAUGAAAUUAGAAUUAUCACUUCAAAGAAUCAUUUAAUAAGAAAUUACUAACAGUAUAUAGAUAUUUGCAUCUUCUAACUAUGCAAUGAACUAUAACCUUCUCCAGUUACGCCCCUUGGUUGGAAUACUUCCGGUAUACCUUUGUUGCAGAUAUAUUAUGUUUGUUAGAUUGUUGCAUGCACUUUACUGUAAUGGUUGUUCUUGCUUCAAUAUGUGUUGGGUACAUGAGGAAAGAGUGAAUUGUUAUUAUGUUAAUAGCUAUGUGCCAAGUUGGAUACAGAUUGUACAUGUACAACAAAAUAUUUCGUAUAAUACCAGUAUGUGUAAUUAAAGUUUAAACCUCGACAGUUUGGUGACUUUAGGAAUAAUACAGGUUUACAAUUGUACAAUCAGAGAAUGUAAUUUACUGUACAAUGUCUGUUGGUGAUGAAAACCAGAAGUAGGCAUUCGUGAUAUGUAUUAUAUUUUAAAGAUAUGAUGCACACUCUCACUUGAUUAGUAAUUGUAGAUUUCAGUCAAUAUUUGAUGCAAUUUGUCAUCUUCAUGUUUUUUGGGCUGUGUUAAACAAUUUUUAAAAAAAAAUAUUUCCUAAUAAGAUUUGAUAUCAUUGUUGUCGUGUAAUGGUAUUUCAGUUUUGUGAUCAAAUGGAAACAUGUAUGAAAACUAUGCAAAUUGAUGACUAUUAAAACUGUCCCGAGUGCUGCUUUUCAGGACUCCCGUGACACAGGUACAUUGUUCAAUCUUCCCCAGUAUUUGUAACUUACAAGAGUGCAUUCUUUAUUUAUCCUAUUUAUACUUUGAAUAUUACUUCCUCAAAGCAUUUAGUUUCUUGAAAUUUUUCUGAAAUUUACAAAGACUUCUUUAAGCUCAGGGUCUUGAAAACUUGGGAUUAUUUUUUAGUUACAAACUGACAUUUUAAAACUUGUUUCAAACAAAAUACAGUCGUAUUGCUCUUUUUCAUUCUACCUGUGAUAUUUGGAUUUGCUAUGUAUGAGUUUGUAAAUGGGAGUAAUUUUAUUUGUGUACAAGUAGAGAAAAAAAAUAAAUAGAUAACAUCUUCA